GAAUCCCGUCAGUCAAUCUUCGACGUUCGGUUCGUGAGGUUCGGCAAAACCAAACCGAGGGUAAUCAACGGUGUGUGGGAGCGCUUACGUUCGCGGUCUCGGUUUUUUCUACAAACUUGUUCCUUACACUGCUCUGAGGAUAGACCGUGUAAGUGUAAGUCUGGUGUAAUUUUUGGCGAAGGACAAUCUCGGGCGCGCGGUUCUUGUCCUUUUUCGGGGAGGUCGUCAUCCGGAUAUUGGCGACGGCUACGGACAACCUGCAACCGGAAUUUACCUGUAUGAGGGUAGGUUCCUGGAGUGUUGUAAUUUAUUGCAAAUUUUGGAAUACUGGUCCUGGAAAUCAAAACAGGGCAAGAACAGAGGGACCAAGAGCUUCGUUUAUGGAUCAAAACGAGUCCUGUGAAGUUUGAGUAACAGCAAAAAAAAACGGACAAUCCCCAGCAACAGGAGCUUUGUGAAUGUACCUGUGAUUCAGGUGGAAAGUGGAAAGUUAUGUCCUGCCGGUGGUUUGGGGACCAGCCCUAGUUUUUUCGUUUCGUUUGGCGCGAGGCGGGCUUGUUCUAUCGUUGUUAUUAUUUUUUAAUUUGCAUAAAUUAAAAGAACCGAGAAAAUGAUAAAAGUGUAACGGUUUAUGGUCUUUGCUCACGCCAGGACAACAGCUAGCCGCAGGAAAUCGACUGAGAAAAGUAUUUGCCAUGGUUCUUGGCUCUGGGAAGGCGGAUGUAGUUGGUCGUGGAAUUGGGCUUACUACAAUUGCCAGUGAGUAGGCGGUUGUCUGGAUUUGAUCGGACGCAGAAAUUGUCCUGCCAGGGUCUUUGGUGACAGCUCAAUCGGUGGAAGAAGGUCAGCAGCAGGUGGCCAGGAAGCGGUUUGGGCCACUCAGCUCCAGACAGUGCGUGUACUUGUGUGCUAGGAGGCUUGAGCCUAAUUUAUGUCAAUAUACAUUACAUCCCGGUAUUAAAUUGGCGGUCAACACGCUGCCCGGGUAACCGCAAAAAUCGAGUGUCCAGGGUACGGUUGCAGAAGGCGGAAAGAGGAGCCUCAAGUGUGCUAAUGUGCUCGCCGGAUGUUGAACGUUGGUGAUUUCGAUCCGGGCCAAGCCAAGUGCCCUCCUCAGCAAUAGUGUCAUCAUAUUAAUUACUAUACCAGCCUGGCAGUAGGCUGUGUGUUUUUGUGUGUCUGCGUUCUCGGUGCGUUGUUGAUGACCACCCCUGGAUGGAGGCAAACCGCACUCCAAAGUUCAAGCCUCUCUGAUUGCCGUCGUGAAUAAAUCAUAUCUUGGUGCAGAAAAUUUAUGAAUUAAACUCACCGUUCUGGGCAAUUGGGCUCGGGCUGUCGGUGAAUGUCCUGCUGCGGCGUAUUGAUCCUCGGUCUGUGUGUGUUUGUGCCAGAGGUAAAUGUGCCCUAAUCAUUAUUAGAUUACGAGAAGCUGCGGCCAACCGCAAAAUCAGUGACCACAAAACGCGAUUACAGUGAUCCAUGAAUGCUUGAGGUUAAACCAGCCGAUUGGAACGGAUUUACUCUCUGUAUCUCCCUAGAGUGUGUGUGCAUUCGCUGGGAUAAAUUCUGGUCAUCUUCGCAGAUACGCCUAUAGAAAUUGAAGUAGGCGAAGAAGACGUGAAACGGAGGAAGCGAGCUGAAAUCGAAGAAGGCCGAAGCACGCAACUACUCGAGUGUGUCAAUGAAAUCAAUCAGAGAUGUGGUGAAAAUGUUCUAUCGUGCGUGUUGUUGAAGCAGCGAUAAAAUCUUGCGACCGCAAGUAGCUUCCAUUUUUUCUUUCGUUUUGAAAAUUCAAGAUAAGCGUGCUACCAGUGUUUCUAGCAAAGGUGUUGAAGAUAAGUGAAGUUGUGUUCAAGAAGAAGUGUUGUUGUUGAUUGAUUCCUCGCUUACUUGCCUGAUUCAUUCCUUAUCGGAGCAUAACGUACUCUACGCCGUUAUCGGAGUAGGCUGUGACAAAUCACAUCACAUUGAAAGAAAAACAACAAUGAAGACCAACAAAUAACCAACAGAGAGGCUGUUUAGAAGGAUUACACACUAAAAUCCUCAACAUUCAAGUAACACAUAUCGCUCAUACAGCAACAAACAUUAUUCAGUGAAACAAAUGUCAAAAGCUCACAAAAUGGCUCUCAUACGAUCACCGGAAGUUUUUGUCAAAGCCUCCACCUGGUGGUUCCGGAUUGUGCUGGCGCUGUUCUUCCUGGAGGUGUUCCUGCACGUCGAGAUGCUGGAUUUAGAAAAAUGCAAAAAUCCCCUCGGUAUGGAAUCGGGGGCGAUCAACGAUUCACAGAUUACUGCCAGUUCGGCGCACGACAUCGGAAACGUUGGACCCAAGCACGCUCGAUUAAAAGUGGAUAAUAACGGCGGUGCCUGGUGCCCGAAGCAUAUGGUCUCGCGGAAUCUGAACGAGUAUCUGCAAAUCGAUCUGCUGCGGAUGCACGUGAUAACGGCGAUCAAAACGCAGGGUCGAUUUGGCAAGGGCCAAGGCCGGGAGUACAGUGAAGCCUAUGUGCUCGAGUACUGGCGACCUGGGUUCAGCAAGUGGAAGCGCUGGAAAAACACCCGGGACAAUGAAAUCCUCUCCGGAAACACCAACACUUACAGCGAGGUUGAAAACGUUUUGCAGCCAAUUAUCUACGCGUCCAAGAUCCGUAUCUUUCCGUACAGUCAGUACGACAGGACCGUUUGUCUGAGAACGGAAAUUAUCGGCUGCGAGUGGGACGAAGGAUUAGUGUCCUACAGCAUCCCCAAGGGUGUCAUCCGGGGCAUGGAGGUCGAUCUGUCCGAUCGAACGUACGACGGGGAGGAGGAAGGAGACCGGCUAGUGGGUGGCCUGGGCCAGCUGGUUGAUGGCCAGAAGGGAGCAGAUAACUUCCGAAUCGACAUCCACGGUUUCGGUAAAGGAUACGAUUGGGUCGGCUGGCGGAACGAUUCCCUCGGUUGGGCCGGAAAGCCGGUGGAAAUGGUGUUCGAGUUCGAUACGGUGCGCAACUUCAGCGCCAUGGUGCUCCACACCAACAACAUGUUCAGCAAGGACGUUCAGGUAUUCCUGCACGCCAAGGUGUUCUUCAGCAUCGGAGGUCAACACUUUAGCGGGGAACCGGUGCACUUUUCCUACAUGCCGGAUACGGUGAUGGAAAAUGCAAGGGACGUCACCAUUAAGUUGCACCACCGCAUUGGUCGGUACAUCCAGGUGCAUCUGUACUUUGCGCUGCGGUGGAUCAUGCUUAGCGAGAUUUCCUUCAUUUCAACUCCGGUGAUUGGCAAUUUCACCGACGAAGAAGUGAACGGAAAUUCGAUCUCGCAGGAGAAUUCCAUCGAAUAUCCGCUGCAGCGGGACGAGGUGCAGACGGCCAACAAGGGCUCGAGGGGCAGUAAUGGUGGAGCGGCGGGAAGUGGUUCCGGUGGAUCGUCCGGAAGCGAACGGAAUCAUGUGACACAGAUAAUUUCACCGAAACCGAUCGAUCAGGAACCGGAGGCGCACUUUGUCGGUGUCAUCAUUGCGGCCCUGUCGACGAUCAUCCUGCUGCUGAUUGCCAUCAUCAUGUUCAUCGUGGCCCGGAACAAGCGAACCCGGACCGCGGCCGUUCUGGAUGCGUUGCAGCACAAUCUCCACACCGACAGUCUGGGGAUCGACAAGCGGCUCAACAGUAACUUCAAGGUAUCGAUAGACGAUAACGAGUCGAUUGAUAAAAGCAGCUUGUACCAUGAGCCGUUCAAUGUCAACAUGUACACUAGCGCCGCCAGCGGCUGUUCGAUGAACGAUAUGCAGCGGCACCACAUUACGCCGGAUUAUACAGACGUUCCGGACAUCGUAUGCCAGGAGUAUGCGGUUCCACACAUGCAGGACCUGAUACCGAAGAUCCCUGGCGGUUACGUCAGUGUUCGAUUGACGCCACCGACAUUGAAUAACAUUUUCCCGAAACCUCCCCCGGUUCCACCCCCACCAGAGAAAUACUACGCCGCAACGGCCAUCUGCAAAUCUUCCUCGGCAACCACGGCCCCAACGACGCCCUCAAGCCAACAGAAUGGACAUCAUCACGCGUACAGCGAUCUGGAACAUAGCACCGGAACCAUCUCCGACGAUGAUCUGCAGCUGAGUGAAUAUCCCCGGGACAAACUGGUGAUAGUGGAGAAGCUCGGCUGUGGCGUUUUCGGGGAGCUGCAUCUCUGCGAAACCAAGGGAUACAGCUCCAGUUUGGUGGCCGUUUCGACGCUCCGCCCCGGCGCCUCGGAACACGUCAAGAAGGAGUUCCGCACCAAGGCCAAACAGCUGAGCCGGCUCAACGACCCGAACAUCGUGCGGCUGAUCGGGGCCUGCCUGAAGGACGAACCGAUUUGUAUCGUUUUAGAUUACAAAUUCAACGCGGACCUGAACCAGUUUCUGCAGGAGCACACGGCCGAAACCGGAACGCUGGUGCAGCAUAAUUCGCUAAGCUACGGAUGUUUAAUUUACAUCGCCACCCAGAUAGCCUCCGGGAUGAAGUAUCUGGAGCAGAUGAAUGUAGUGCAUCGUGAUCUAGCGGCUAGGAGUUGUUUAGUUGGGCCACAGCUGGAGAUAAAAAUCUGUACACUAGGAACUGUGAUAAACCGUAUUGCAUAUCCCGCUGACUACUGCCACCUGGAGGGGGCCGGCCGACAAUCACAACCGAUGCCAAUCCGAUGGAUGGCAUGGGAAAGCGUCCUGAUGGGUAAAUUUACAUCAAAGUCUGACGUGUGGGCGUUCGCCGUGACGCUCUGGGAAAUUCUCACCUUCGCCCGGGAGCAGCCGUUCGAGAAUCUGAGCGACGAGAAGGUGAUCGAAAACAUCGGCCAUAUGUAUCAGGACAGCAAGAAACACAUCCAGCUACCCAUUCCGGUCGGUUGCCCCCGCGAGAUCUACGACCUGAUGUGCGAGUGCUGGCAGCGCAACGAAAACAGCCGACCCAACUUCCGCGAGAUCCACCUCUUUCUGCAGCGGAAAAACCUCGGUGAAUACUUUCAUCGCAUUUAAGAAGAUGGACUAAACGCGGUCAAGAUAAUUAGUUUAACAGAAGAGAUCGCGAAGAAGAAGCAGAAGUGAAACAAUAUCGAAUUUACACAUCCAUGGCAACAAGCAACAAUAAACAAACUGUUUUGAAGCGCGCAAUGACAAUGUGACAAACUAAGAUGGACAGUUUCCGAAGGAAUAUUAGUGAUGGAAAUUGAAGAAAGAGUCAUCGUUCCAGGUGCCAUUUGCGGAACUAACUGAGUGUUGGUAGGUGUUUUAUCUUUUAAAUAGGAAGAAGAAGAGCUCACAGACACCUGACAGUGGAGUAAACUGUCACGCCGAGACAUAAACUAAUUAGCGGAAUGAAAUAUUGAUCAUAAAAGCGCACCAUCGAAAAGCGUCAAUCGAGUAGGAAUAUAUAAUAAACAAACAAAAAAAUGUGACAGAGGCCUCUAUGGAAUACGAAAAAAGGCUCCGGUUCUCAAAAGUCAUUAAUUAAUUGAUAAAAUUGGCAACUAGUGAUAAUCAUUUAAUUAUUCAACACAUGAAACGAGUAAACAAAAGAAGAAAAAACAAAAAUCGUACGAACGCAAAAUAUGUGAAGAGUGUGUUGCAGCAGCGCGCGUUUGGUUUCUCUCUUCCCUUUUUCUACUUACGUAUAUCUUUCUGUGUAUGUAAGCGUGUGUGAACGUCAAUGCGAAUGCAUUCUGUAGCAGCGCCUAUUGGUUCCACGAACUUUACACUGAAGACACACACACCUACACAGACAAACCGAUGAACGAAAAACCUCGACUCGCACUCGCUCAUUAUUAUCGUGCCACAUCCAUCAUCGAAGCCUUGACGAAUCGAAUCGCAGUAGGCUGGCUCACAAAACGGUGUGUGGUGUGGCGAAUUCGGUGGCUGCGUUCCGGAAAAAUGAUUGCCGCCACACAGUUUACUGCGAUCGAAUUAUUUUCCGAGACAGAGCGUGGCCUAGCCCUGUUUCAUAACGGAGUUGGGGUUCGGCUAGAAGAGGAUUAUGGUUGCUAAAUCUUUUUUUUUUUGUUUCUGAAUUCCCAUUUUUCACUUUAUUUCAUUGGGGAAUUCUUGAAUGUUUGAGUGAAUGUGUAUGUGUGCGGGUUUCAAAUUGGGGUGGCGUCUAAUUGUGUAUUUUCCAGAUUUCUUAUAAUUUUAAAUUUUGUCUGAAUUCCAUUCCUCCAAUUGCAUCUGGCUCUGGAAGUCAAAAUUUUACAGAGCAAAAUUGGUGGGACAAAUUAAGCAUUUUUCCACCCUUCUGGCGCCACCCUACUGUGUAAAUAAAUAUAAAAAUUAAAAAAUAAAGUUCAAUGAAUGAUUGCGAUCGGACCAUGAAUUAUUGUUACCCGACGCUGUGCGUUGAGUAUGCGUUUGCGUACAUUUAAAAUAAAGUAUUACUAUUAAAUUCUCCGCAUAUGACAGAUAUAUAUAGGAAAAACGUAUUAAAGUACUGUUAAAUUAUGAGACGAAAAACCGCCGUCAAUCAGCGAUCAGAAUGAAAAAGACAUCCCCGAAAACCGCAUGGACUUUUGUGCGACCGCUGGGAGUUCGCUUUUUACCCAACCACCCGGGGAAAAGUGGUCGGAAAACGUUUGGGAAAUGUAUGCGAGUGAGCGAAAACAAAAAAAAAGUCAACAAUAUGAUUAAAAUCACAGACCCCCUUCUUUGUGUAUAUAUUUUAUUCCACUGAUAUGAGCACACUUUCCGGAAUCACGGAUCGUAAGUAGGCAAAAUUGCAUUAUCCUUUUUAAUUCUCAUCAACGUUCAGAUCACGGUUAAUAUUUCAUUACGAUUGAUAUUUAAUUUAACGAAUUGAGUUGCUAUUUGAUUUCGGAUCUUUUACUUUUUUUAUGGGUUCAAUACAAUCCAAAACAUACAACAGUCAAUCCUUUACACGCUGAAAAAAAAAACAAUUCCACUGUCGACGAGCAUAACCUCAAAAUCCAAAGCAAGCUUUACUUAAAAUGCAAUCCUCGUAAAAAAAAAAGUGAAGUUAUGUUCGACGACAUCAAUGGAAAAUAUUCUGACAACAUCCCAAGCAUCAACAAUAAUCACAAUGACAAAAACAUCAGAGAAAAGAACGAAACAUUAUUCUUCAAACAACAAAUCGAGCGAUCCAAUAAACUCGAACCAAUAUCAUCGGUGAAAACAUCAAUCAUUCACACACAAAAUCCAACCAUGUUGAAUAAUUAAUUGAUUGACAUGUAACCGAUUUGCGAUGCCGCUGCGGUUUUACUCGAAAACAAGAACGAAGGCAAAAAAAAACGCAACCAUCACAGUUCGAAAAGUUCAAAAAUCAAUCCCGCGACUUUCAUUCGUAAAAUGUGAUAAUGCUCAUGGAAAUCAGAUAGCAAAAUUAAGUCGAACCCGUAAAUCCUGGUUCAGUUGAAUUCGCGGUUUGGUUUUAUUAAACCAAGUAAAGGAUUAUCAAAAUUACCGGUAAAUUCAAGUGAAACCUACCUAACGAAUAAGCAACAGUGUAGAACCGGGUUGCUGAGUUUUAAUUUUUUCCUCCGAAAUUUUGGUGGUUUAUUUUUAACCGAAAAAUGUAGAAAUAAUCCCCUGUAAAUUUGGUUCCAGAUUAGUGAUUUUCGAUUGAACCUGAAAUCCUUUGCUGCUUUGAAUUUCGAUUGAACAAAAGUAACGAGAACAUUUAGUAGGAUUGCGGUAGUAAAACAACAACAAUUUAAUCCAAUCGGUCCAUAAGCGGUGGCAAUGGUGUAGGUUUCAGAGAACGCAAGUUUUAAUCUUAUCUGUAGGAGCUAAUAAAUUAGAUUAUGAGAAAAAAAAUAAAACGGUAUUAUUCAAACGGAACAUAAACAAACAAAUGUAUCAUAAUCGACCCUGCAAAUCGCGCUAUAGGAGAAGCAGUUAGAUUGUACCAUAGUUUUUCUCCCAGUGUACAGGAAACGGAACCGGUAGUGGAUUGACAAACCUAGCCGAAUAGUGGUAGUAGAUCGAAGGUACUGAAAACAGAAAACAAAAACUAACCUUACAAAUAAACCACGACGAAAAGGAAGAUAUCAUUUUUACAAUAAAUCUUUGACAAAACAAGAAAAAAAACAAGCAAAGGAAGCAAACAAAAAAAAAAACGAAUGACCCUCUAGUAGUGCUAAGUGAACUUUUUCUAAAAAAAACACACACACACUCAGACAAACAACGGAAAAGCAAGUAGUUGAUUAAAUUAAGGUAAACAAAAAUGGAUCAAUAAAAAACCGAAAACUUAUUGUGAAUGCAUUUGUCCGUUCGGGUCCUGUCCCCGAAAUGGAAAU